UACAUCUUCUUCCGGGACACCACACCACUAUAUUCAAUCUAUUAUAAGCUCUAUCCGACCGCUGCAUUUUCCAACAUUUUCUCCAUUGCACCUCACCGGUUGUCAGGUCGUCUUUGAGAAUGAAAGGAGCGAAAUUAGCUUUGGUUUUGGGCAUGUUUUUGGCCCUCGUCCUGCUGACCGAGACGGCGCGAAGCAGGAAAGACUCUAGUAACCAGAACAGCUUCAGGAGGGCGGCCAGCGGCUUCUACCAAACCCUCAGCAAUAUCUUCGGAGAGGAGAACAUUAGGGCGCUGUACAAGUUCUUCUCAAAAACUACAGAGAGGUUUGUUCAUGGAGUCGACUCAUUUUUGGACACUUUGUGGAAGCUCUGGGUGGAUCUGCUCGAUGUUAUGGGCAUUGACUCCUCUAACCUGACGCACUACUUCAGCCCAUCGUCCGUGUCCAGUUCUCCUGCUCGCGCGCUCCUCCUGGUGGCAGCCUUGCUGGUGGCUUACUGGUUCCUGUCCUUGUUCCUGAGUGGCUUCUUUUACAUCCUUCACGCGGUGUUCGGCCGUUUCUUCUGGCUGGCCCGCGUAGCACUUUUCGCCCUCUCGUGCCUGUACAUUCUGCAGAAAUUUGAGGGCGACCCAGAGAAGGCGGUGCUGCCGCUGUGCUUCAUCAUGGCUGUGUACUUCAUGACGGGACCGGUGGGUGCUUACUGGCGGAAAGGGGGCGGAUCUGGAACUCUGGAGGAGAAGAUCGACCAGCUCGAUACCCAGAUCCGCCUCCUCAACAUCCGCUUGAGCAGAGUGAUUGAAAACCUGGAGCGCUCCAGUGACCAAUGAAGUUUUUUCGCCCCAGGCUAACGGUUAAAGCUGGGGUUUGUGAGAUGGUAUGAGAAGAAAAAAGUUUUUUUUUUUUCGUCCCCUUUUUCUCAGGAUGUCCCAACGUAGUAAGGCAAGAAUUGUAUGGAAAAUUGAUCAAUUCUCCAGUUGAUAAAGCGAAAUUAGUCCAUUACGUUCGCCCUGUUGUCGUAGAGUUUAUUAUUAGUGUCCAUUUCUACUGUAGCCGCCCAUUUUUUUGAGUAAAUAUCAGGACUUUUUUUUGUAUGCUGUGGGUCUGUGUGUGUGUUCAAGCCUUGAGUUGAGUGUGUCAUUCCAUUGCGCAGUGUUACGCCUUUUUCAUAAGCUUUGUUUGGGCACUUUCUGUAAGUGUGUGUGUGUGUGUUAUUUAUAAAUCAUGAAGGCAAUGCAAUUGAGAGUUGAUUUAGAAACACUCAAAGUGUGAAGAAUAGUCAGUAUCACUGCAUUUUUUUCAUCUCUCCUUUGUCUCUUCUUGAGGUCACCACUCUGAGUUCAGGACCGAUCGGCACUAUCAGGGAUCGAGAUGUAUGUGGAAAUCGCUUUCAGAAAGCAGCUAGUCAUCAGAUUCAUGAGGAUAUCUGACCAGUGUUCCUGGCAGCAAAAUAACGGUGCUGCAAUCUACACCAGUAUCUCUGUCCAACUUCAGCUAAGGGAGAGAGAGAUGUUCUCAUGUGCUUAAGAUAAGUACGUACAGGGAGAAACCUGGUCAUGCACUUUGUUCUCAGCAUGAGAUCAUUUUAUCACUUGUAUGUACCAUUUUAA